AGGUGUAUUUUACACAGGCUCAUUCCAUGCCGUAAAGAUGGAGAUUGAAGUGAAGCUCCGAUUGCCUGAUGCCGAUUCGCACCGAAAGCUCCUUUCACUGCUCACUCCGUUUCACAUCCAAACCCACCACCAACGCAACACCUUCUUCGACGGCGCGGCGGCGGAGCUCAGCUCUCAGCGCGCCGUUCUCCGCCUCCGCUUCUACGAGAACUCGGAAUCCCCCAAGUGCGUCGUCUCCCUCAAGGCAAAAGCGGUAAUAGUCAACGGCGUGAGUAGAGUCGAGGAGGACGAGGAGGAACUGGACCCCAAAACCGGGUACGAGUGCGUUGAGAAUCCGGCGAAGUUAGCUGAGGUGGAUUCGAGAAUUUUGAGGAGGGCAAAACAGGAAUUCCAAGUCGGGGAAGCGGGAUUUGUGGGGUUAGGGGGGUUUAGGAAUGUGAGGAAUGUGUAUGAGUGGAAAGGUAUGAAAUUAGAAGUGGAUGAAACAAUGUACGAUUUCGGCACUUUAUAUGAGAUUGAAUGUGAGAGCACGGAGCCAGAUAAAGUGAAGGGGAUGAUUGAGGAAUUUUUGAAGGAGAAUGGCGUUGAGUAUUCUUAUUCUGAGAAGUCUAAGUUUGCAACUUUCAGGGCAGGGAAGUUGCCUUAGUAUGUAUAAUUGAGUAAUGCUCACUAGUGAGGAACAAUGAAAGACAUAGCAACAAAUAAAGGAAGCUGUUUUCCCAGUGGACUUGCUUCACUCCCUCCAUUGGUACUUUGCUAUUUCAUCUUCUUGAUGUGUUUUAUAUUAUCAUAUGACAAUUUUAAGAAAAAUGCUGUUUAGUUGUUCCUCUGGGACUUGGGAGUAUCAAUUGCUCUAGAAUCGAUAUGCUCAAAUACAUUAUGUUCUCACUUCUCGAUAUGUAUAAACACUAAAAUUUGGUACAAAUUGAAAAUUGCGUAAAACGCUGAAUACAAAUUUCUGAUUUAAGUCU